CCGUCUUUCUCUCUCUUCAUUUCUUCCCUCUCCCUCUGAGAAUAUCGAUUUCUACGAAGCUCAAGAAAAACCAGUGAAUUAGGGCAAUGGGAUUUUGAAUUUUUCGUACUUGAUUCGUGAGAUUCUUGCGAGCGUGAAUGUUCGAAUCGGUUUGUGGUUCGUUGCCAUAUGAGCGUUUUGGUGGAUUCUUGUCGGAUUCGAGAGGAGAGGGCUUGGUUUUCGGGGCGGCAUAUUCACAUCAUCGUCAUCAAUGGCGGAGCGGAGAUUCGGCGUGGGCUACGCGCUGGCUCCGAAGAAGCAGCAGAGCUUCAUUCAGGACUCGCUGGUGAGUCUGGCGCGGUCCCGCGGAAUCGAUCUCGUCCGAAUCGAGAGGGAGAUUCCGCUGGCGGAUCAGGGGCCGUUCGAUUGCGUCCUCCACAAGCUCUACGGAGACGAUUGGCGCCGCCAAUUGGAGGAUUUUAGGGCUAAGAACCCUAAUGCGGUGAUAAUCGACUACCCGGAGGCGAUCGAGCGGCUCCACAACCGGAUUUCGAUGCUCCAGGUGGUUUCCGAGCUGAAGAUCGAGGACCGGAGCGAGACGUUCGGGAUUCCGAAACAGAUUGUGAUUUACGACAAGGAGACCCUCUUUGAUCGGCCGGCGUGGGAGGGGUUGAAGUUUCCGGUAAUAGCGAAGCCGCUCGUCGCCGACGGGAGCGCAAAGUCGCACAAGAUGGCGCUCAUCUUCAACCACGACGGCCUCAGCAACUUGAAGCCGCCGAUUGUGCUCCAAGAGUUUGUUAACCAUGGCGGCGUGAUCUUCAAGGUCUACGUAGUCGGGGAGUACGUCAAGUGCGUUAAGCGAAAGUCGCUGCCUGAUGUGUCGGAGGAGGAGAAGCUUGGGAGCCUGGAGGGGUUGCUGUCUUUCUCGCAGGUGUCGAACCUCGCCACCAACGAGAGGACCGACGAUAAGUACUACAAGAAGAUGCAUUUGGAUGAGACCGAGAUGCCGCCGCAGAGCUUCCUCACCGACAUCGCGAGGGGGCUGCGGCGGGCGAUGAAGUUGAACCUGUUUAACUUCGACGUAAUCCGAGACGCGAGGUUCGGGAACCGGUACCUUAUAAUUGACAUAAAUUACUUCCCGGGGUAUGCGAAAAUGCCGGGUUAUGAGACUGUGUUGACGGAUUUCUUCUGUGAUAUAAUGGAAAAGAAGGAGAGAGAGGUCGAGAAGGGUUUGGAGGAGAAAGAUGGCGCGGAUAGCCGUGGCUGUGACAAGGAAAUGAGAAAGCUUGUAAGCAACGCUUAUUGCAGCGAUGGGGAUGACGGAGUUCUUCCAGUGUCACCUCUAAGCAGAGAGGAGGAGAAUCCCAUUCAAGUAUGAAACAGGACUUAGGGAGAACCCAUGAAAAUAUAGUUGAUUGCGUUUGAUUUGUCCGUUCUGUUAUUGGUGAUUUUGGGUCAUCGGAAGUUGCUUAAGCAGGUUGGCCUUUUCACCAAUUUGUGGGUCGGUGCGAGUUGCGCAUUUGGUUUUUAGAUAGCUGUUGAUACAGUGCUGAAAUGAGUUAGGCCCGUUCUUGAGUAGUUUAACCUCUUGACAGCAUUAGAUGGGGCUCUGGUGAUGAUGUAAAUUCUAUCCGCCUGUUGCUAUUGAGAUAGGUACUUCUCAAAUACUUUCAAGUUUUAAGGAAAGUCAAGUUGUAUUUCGAGGCUUAAAAGUCUUUCCUUGCUUAGAAAUUGUCCUAGUUUUUGCCGCUGGCACUUUUACUGAAUGGAUUUUGCGAUUUUGCCAAUGAUA